UAUACACUAUAGAUGUAAAAACACACACACACACACACAACACACACACUUUUCUUUAAAGUAUCCAAAUCCCCGUCGAACCAAAACACCGAUUCUCUCUCCUCUCUCCACCGUAAACCGCCCUAGCCGCCGCCGUACCUCCGCUCAACGGAAUCUGAAAAAGUUUACACACGAUUCUCAGGGUAAAGAGUAAGGAAUGGAAUCUAGUGCAAAAUCUGUAGAUGAGGUGGUGGAAGAGAUAAUGAGGCUUCAUAGAUCACUUCCACCAAGGCCGGGAAUUGAGGAUGUUGAAGGUGCGAAAAUCUUGAUACGGAAUGCGGAUAGUGAAGAACAGGCGAGGAUGGACGCUAUUAGUAGGAGAAAGAAGGGACGAGAGGUUCCGGAUGAGCUGUUUAAUGUGUUGGUAGAGAUGCAAAAGAAUUUAGUUCGGUUUCAGACGAUGGAGCAGAAGAGGGAAGCUGUUAAGUUGCUUGAGCUUGAGAGUUAUCAUCAGCUGUUUGAUGAAAUGAUUCAGAGAGCUUCUAAGUGUGUUGACCCGACAGGUGGUGGUGGUGAUGAUAUUACGCAACCUGCGUUAAGCAGUUUGUCGAAUUCGGGUUCUUUCUCUGGUGGUAAUUUUAGUGGUAACUCUGUGAGUACUUUGACUGCGACUCCGACGUCGUCGUCGGCUUUUAGCUUGUAUUGUGAGAAGGAGGCUGUUAAAAGUUCUGAGCGUUUUACUAGAGAUGAUAGCUAUGUUACCAAGCCAGAGUCGAGUAGCUUUCACGAUGGGAUCGGAAGAAUGUUUCGUUCCAGUGAUUCUCCAAGGCCCGCGAUCGUGGAUUCUACUUUAAAACCUGCCGUUACUUCUGGUGAAGAUGGUGAGAAAUUGAGUCUCAUAAAGCUUGCUAGUCUGAUUGAAGUAUCUUUUAAAAAAGGAGCAAAAGAUCUUAAUCUUAGGGGUUUAUUAAUGGACCAAAUCGAAUGGCUUCCUGAUUCAAUAGGAAAGUUAUCUAGUUUAAUCACGCUCGAUCUAUCAGAAAAUCGGCUUGUUGCAUUACCAUCUUCAAUCGGAAAUCUUUCAUCAUUGACAAAACUAGAUCUUCAUUCUAACAAAAUCAUUGAACUCCCCGAAUCUAUAGGAGAUCUCCUUAAGUUGACUCAUCUCGAUCUAAGAGCAAACCAGUUGACAUCUCUGCCAACAACCUUCGGUAAAUUAUUCUGUCUUGAAGAGCUUGAUUUGAGCUCAAACAACCUGUCAUCGGUUCCUGAGUCGAUAUGCUCACUCACCCGUUUACAGAAACUCAACAUCGAAACAAACAACAUCGAAGAACUCCCAUACAUGAUCGGUCAAUGCUCUUCCCUCAAAGAGCUUAUUGCAGACUACAACAAGCUUAAAGCCCUACCCGAAGCCAUAGGUAAAAUCGGGUCGUUAGAAACGCUCUCUGUUCGUUACAACAAUAUUGGUCGGUUACCAACCACGAUGUCAUCUCUAGCCAAUCUUAAAGAGCUUGAUGUAAGUUUCAACGAGCUCGAAUCAGUCCCAGAAAGCUUAUGUUUUGCUACGACCCUCGUGAAAAUCAACAUCAGCAACAACUUUGCUGACCUCACUUCCCUUCCAAGAUCCAUUGGAAACCUUGAGAAUCUUGAAGAAUUGGAUAUGAGUAACAACCAGAUAAGAUUCCUUCCAGAUUCUUUCUCUAUGCUAUCAAAGUUACAUGUUCUUAAAGCUGAAGGGAAUCCUUUGGAAAUACCACCACAAUCCAUAAUUGAUCAAGGCCCACAUGUUGUUGUUCAGUACAUGAAGGAGCUCCAGGAGAAGAAGCAACUGAAAGCACAACCGGUCAAACAGAAGAAAUCUUGGACACAUAUAUGCUUCUUUUCGAAGUCUAACAAGCGCAAGCGUAAUGGCAUGACGACGUGAAGACCUAGCUUGCUUCGUCUAGAGUUGUCGGUUUUGUGGGCGGGUGGGCGGAUAAAAUCUUUAAACCUCAGUUUUCAUACUUAAUUAUGUAAUUAGAGUUGAGUUUUGGUAUAUAUUUAAUGGGUGAUAAAUAACUUGUUAAUUAUGUUUAGAAUUUCUUUUUCUGGUAUUAUGACCUGCAUCAUGGCUUUACUUAUUA